CUAGAAUUUAGAACCAAGCCCUUCCGCCUCCUUUUAGGUGAUAGGACUAUCUCACCUUCCUUGUCUUCUUGUUACCUGACAUGGAAUGGUUUUGAGACCGGAGUUAUGCAUUCACAUUUGUAAUUGCAUCAAUCAUCGUGCGUAAAUCCAACGGACCUCUGCUGCCUCUGUCUAUGAUCAAGGCUCGCCUUUCGACCCCAAAGGUACCAGCAACUCGCCUUCUUCAGUCUGUCGUCUCGCUCUCGACUGUCGCCUCCCUGCGAAUGAAUCGGACGAGCCUCGAGCCGCCAGAGAAGCCGCUCCCAGGCGACUGCUGCGGUAGCGGGUGCAGCCCGUGUGUGUGGGAGACUUACUACGAAGGGCUGGAGCGAUACAAUGCAGCUAAAGCCAAGGCUGAAGCGGAAACGAAGGCCCUGAACCAUGCGCGGAAAACGGAGCCGUGCACUUCUUCCAUACAACAAAAAUGACGAUUAAUUACGGAUGAUCCAGGUUCCGACACCGACAGCUGCUCUCAGUGCUGAACGCUUCCUUUCAUUCCCUGUCGCGACAAUUCCAUGACCAAUCGCCUUGUUCAAUCAUUUUUUCUAAUUCAAAAUAUUUUUUGCAGAGGACCAG